AUCAUCCCUUUGCCCUUUCCACCUACCAAAUCAGAAAACCUCUGCCUCAAAACCCCAGCCACUCCUCAAAUCGAAGAGAGAAGUAGAGAACCUCCGCUGCUACAACAAUGGCGUUGCUGAGUUUUUCAGCUUCCACCACUGCUCCCACGGCUGCGCUUCGUCCGACUUCUUCGUCCUCAAACGUAUCCACUUCUUCUUCUUCGAGCAGUUUCAGGCGUAGUGGCGUCGGAUGCUUUCUCUCUCCUCUUUCGCUUAAUUCUUCUCUUUGUUCGAAGGUGAGAGCUCGCCGUUCUAUGGUUGUUUGUAUGGCUCCCGAUGAAGAGAAGAUGACUCGUCGCUCUCCGCUCGAUUUCCCAAUCGAAUGGGAGAGACCCAAGCCAGGGAGAAGACCCGAUAUAUUUCCUCAAUUCAGCCCUAUGAAAACACCAUUACCGCCUCCUAUGCCUGCCGAUCCACCUGAGGAAGACGAGGAAGAUGAAGAGAAGAAGGAAGAGGAAGAAGAAGAUCAGGAAAAUGAAGAGCAAGAUAACCCAGACCAACCGCAUUGAUAAAUGAAUGACAUGCUAUUAGACCAGACCAACCGCAUUCAUAAGUCAUAUUCAAUGUCAAUACGAGUUUGCAUCAUGUCAACCGCAUUAGAUCUUGCAGAUAAUGGAGUUAGGGUGGCACAGGAGUCUGUGACAUCAAUUUUUCCGGUUCCUGUGCGGGCUGGGUGUUUUUCUGGGGAGGUAUCCUAAUUUUGUAGUAGUAUCAAGGUGAAUUUAAUAGGUUUUGUAAUGUUUUUAUCCAAGGAUGGUACCAUUUCCUUGUAAGUUGCCUUUUUUUCCCCCUCUGAUCACACCAUUUCUGGAGUUAUGUAGUUGCUUUUAUGAUGAUAAUGAAGUACAAGUAUAUUGUACUGGA